AUGAUAUGCUUAGUUUUGCUGACUUUUGAAGUCGAACCUUCCUCGCAUGAGGGUGACCGCUGGCUGGUUAUGCCGGUAUGUCUUCGGUUUAUUGGAGCAUUUAAUGUACUUUUAACACCACUUAUGCUUGAAUGUUUAACAACUUAUAUUGAAAAAUGGAAAACAUUUGAUAUACAUCCAAUAUCUAUUCUUGAUGGUCUUCAUUUUCAAGCGCAAACACAAUCCAGUCCUUCCAUACCAUCCUAUGAUUUGUCAGCAACAAAAAUUUCCUUACUUUUACCGAAAAUAAAUGUUUGCCUAUUACAAGCUGGUUUAGCUGAAGAUAAUGUUCAAUUAACUGAAUUACGAACACCAGUUGACAUUGUAACAAUGUCAUUAUUUGCACUUUCAUGUAAACAAAUUCAAAUGGAAACAAUUCUAUCUAAACGUGAUCAAUCAACGGCUGGUGUUUUUAAGAUUCAAUCAAUCACAGGCCAAUUUCGUCGUUUUGAAAAUGAUUUUUCUUCAAUUGAAAAUGUCAAUAUUCAUGCUAUACAAUCGCAACGUUGCCGCUUACAAUUUCGUCUAUCAACAGAAAUUCAAACGCAUCUACCAAUAGGAGAUAAUCGAAAAAAUUUUGGUUUUGUUAUGAAUGAAUUUGGUUUACAACGGCUAUGUUUUAAAUUAAUUAAUAAUGCAGCAAAACAGCAGCAGCAAAGAAAACUUAUAUCACCAACUAUGACACAGAUUGAUGAAACACAAACAACAAGAGCUGCAACAAAGCACAAAUCAAAAAGAAAACAAUCCGCCGAACCAAUACUUCAAUCACCAUCAGCAACGGUUCAACCUACCGCAGCAUCUUCACUCGUUCCAAUACAAUCGUCAAGCAGUAUAUUCGACGGAUCUAUUGAUCAUGUAUGGAUAUCCUUUCCUGAACCUCCACAUCAUACACAUUCACCAUCGAACUCUUCCAAGCGCCCACGUGCAAAUACAACGACAAAUAAUCAACAACUUCCAACACCGAAAAAGCUCUUUUCUUACACACGUUACGAUUGGAAUUUUCUAUCAACAUUAUCGCCGACUGUUCUUGGUUGGUUUUGUGUUAUUAAUCGUAUACAAGAGCCAAUGGAACAUUUUCUUCGUAAACGUGAAAAACGAGUUGAUGCUAUUCUAGCCUAUUUCCUGAUUGAAACAACCCCAUCAUCCACAUUAUCACAGAGUAAAUUAUAUGAAUUAUUCACACCGAAAACAAAAUAUCUUCUUGCACAUCCGGUUUGUCAACUUGUUAGUGAACUUCGAAAACAUUUCAAUAAAAAUAGACAAAUUCAUAUUAAUCUACAGCCCAAUCUUAUACCUGAAUUACAAAUUCUCAAACAAGGCAUACGCGAAGCAUGUCGUGGUUGGGCUCAGACUAUUAAACAGCAACCAAAUAAAAAUAUCUCUCAGCCAUCAUCGUCAUCAGCAACAACAACAACAUCGCCCAUUAAUAUUAUUCUAAUGACAAAUAGUAAUGAUCAAGAACAACCACCAGCAGUCGUACGGGCGCCAACAAUGGUUGAUCGUGUUCAACGUUUCAUGGGACAUGAAUUUGUUAUAGCACAUCCCCGUCAUUCAUUAGCACCAGCAAAUAAACAGCAACAAGAUGGCUUAGAGACUUUCAUAGUCAACGGUACAACUGUUCGACGACGUAUGACAGUACAAAAUCCUCGAUUGAAUGUGAAUAAUAGAGAAACAUUCAUUGAAAUGGACAAUGAUCACAAUGACCCAACGCCAAAUCGAGACCAUCGACGUGCAUCAGGCUUUCUCGGUGAUGCUAUGCGACGUUUUGAACCGACAGUCAAUGUAAAUAAUGCAAAUGGUUAUAAACGCCUUAGCGUUGGCCUGGAUGAAUCUGAUUUCGAAUGUAAUCCCACUCAUCGUCACGAUGAUUCAUUCAAUGAAACAACUUAUUACACUGAUGUUGGACCGGAAUUUGCGGGUCCAGUUGAACAAUUAUUUAAAAUUUUACUUGAAUAUGCCGGUGUUCAACUAUCAGUAACAUCGUCGAUUGAACCGUUAUUUGAAAAGCUCGGCCAAAAAGUUCUUGCAUCAGCACACAUCAAACGAUUCGACGUUAAAAUUUUGCCCAAUGAACCAACAGCUGAAUCUCAAUUAUCCACAAAUCAUCCGCCAUCGUCACCGCCAACAACCGUUCAGUUUCGUUUACCACAUCUUCGCUCGUCAAUAUUUAAUACAUCUAAUGAAUUAUCAAUACUCUCGGUAACAAAUUUAAAUAUUCAAAGUGUCUGUCGACAAUCUCUUGAACAUGAUCAAUUACAUUCAGCUAACGUUCAAGCUGGCAUACGCGUACAACGUGUACAACAAGAAGUUAAUCUAUCAUUUAUUCGUCUUGUUUAUCAAUUUUAUACUGUUGUUGGUAACGCACUUGAAUACACAGGUAUCGAUGAGAUAACAAAAUCUGAUACAAAUCCAACUCAACAACAACAGUCAGCUGAAUUAAUCAAUGAUGUCAUACGAUCAAAUACCACAACCGAUCAUCCUGAUAGUGGCAUUCAAAAUCUCGUUAUAAAAUCGUUUCAACCGAAUCUACUUCGUAUGGAUGCUCAUCUUGAUGAUGACGAUUUAAGUAAUACGGAACGGCAAUGUUGGAAAAAACUGCGUGAACUUGUAGCAAUUUAUGGAACACUACCGGAAGUCAAACAAGUUCAGCCACCGGUAUCUACAGCAUCAAGAAAACAGCAACGAAGUGGUUCACAACCACCCAAUGAAAAUCUACCACACCAAAAUACGAAUGCAUCAUUCAAAUAUUUACAAACUCAAACACGAAAUGUUUCAACAAAUGUACCAAGUGAAACACUUUUACUAUCAUCGUUCGGUUGGUUGAUUAUCGAUGAAAUCUACUAUGCAGCUUCAUUGGGUGGUUUAAAAGUCGACGGAUGCAUGGGGAAAGUUCAAGGAAGUGUCAGUUUAUCACAAAGACUUCGAGCGAUAUCAUCAACAACUCGUAAUCAAAAUACGAAAAAAUACGAUGGUUCAUUAAUUGUGCAAAUCGGUUCCACAUCGCUUUCUCUAAAAGAAACCCUAUCAACAUCUACUGAUAGUCUCUCCGUUGCAAAUCUAUCUAAUAACAAUUCAACUUCGUCGAAUGCACCAUCAACAACUCGACAAAUAUCUGUUCUUGAUAUCAUCGUUGGUAAAUCACGAGCAUUAACAUCACUGCAAACGCGUGGUAUUAAUCUCACAUUAAGCGGUGUAACAAACAUCGGUACCAUCGCCAUGGAUGUUCCACUACGACCACAAGAAGUUCAUGAUCUUGUAAAUCGGGCUGGCCGUUUAAUUACAUCCUACGUUCAAGAAUUUCUUCCCGAUGAUACACAGCAAAUGCCUACCGCACCAUCGACAACAAAUGCAAACAUCGAAUCGAACAAUACGAAUCUAAAUGAUACCAUAGAAGAACAAAAUACGCCUACACCAUUAGAACGAACAGCAACUAAAAAACGUCUUGGUCCACGUCGUAAAAGUACCAUAACAUCCACUGUCAAUACACGCCCAAUAGACACUCAACAUAGUACAUCAUCAGGAGCUAAUAAACGAUCUAUAUUUGAAGCACACAUAACCGCUCAUUGUCAAGGAAUGACAUUUUCUACAACGCUUCUAUCAACAUUAAAAGCACAAUAUAAAAUCGGUGUUGUCGAAGGUGUUGCUAAUAUUGGCGGUAUGACAUCACGUUUUACAGCUAUUAUACAUGAACAUGCGCUUCAUUUUUUAAAUAAUAACAAUAAUGAUCAACGACAACCGCCAACGGUUAGUUCCGAUAAUCAUGUACGAAUCGAUUUUCCGCAAAUACGUUGCUAUGGAAAUUAUUCAAUUCAGCAAGAACAAGAAAAUAAAGCCAGAGGUCAUUUAAAUCUUUUGACCAAAAUCGAUAUACUUAAAAUAACCAUAACAGCUGAUUUUCUUGCACAAUUAGUUUUUGUUUCGAAAGUUAUUAUACAUGAAAUCAAUGAAAUUCUUGCUAAAGUUUCUGGAUUCGAUCAAUUUCAUUUCCGAACAAAUAAAAAUCUACGUUCAUCAUCAUCAUCGGGAUCACAAUUUAUGAAUACUAAUGCAACAGAUACGGAAGAUAAUUAUGAUGAUGAUGAUGAUGAUGAUGACGAUGAUGGACCGGAAAAAGAUCAACAAACAUCAUCAGCAACACUAUUUACAUAUAAAAUUGAUAUAGUAAUGAAAGGCUUUGAAGUUAUUGGACAAACACCAUCGAAUACAAUUGUUAAAUUUGAAAAUGGUGAUACAAAAGUACCCAUAUUUGUUAAAUUAACCAAUUAUCAUGAACAGAAUCCUGGGCUACUUUAUAAUAAACCAUUAAUUAAUGCUUUGCUAUUUAUUAAACUCAGCUUAGGACAAUUAUUACAUACAGGUGGCUUUCAAGAUGCAGCUUACUUUAAAACAAAAUUACUUGUGAGAAAUUCAUUUAAAUCUGAUGAUCCUGAAAAAGAAGCGUAUUUUAUUCGUUUAACAAAGCCCAGUUUCUACUGGCAACCCGGUGCAAUUGAUAAAGGUAUUCUUUUUUGGUUGAACUAUAAAAAUACUUACGAACAUUGGAAUGAACAACGCGGUGCAUUUACAACUCCGGCAAGCGAUUCAACACGUUUACGUUCAAUUGUUAAUGUUCCAAGUUCUCCUGCCACAACGAAAGAACUUAAUAUUAUGUUUCAAUUACAUAUCGUCGAUCUCGGUAUUGCUAUACCACUUCAACAAUAUGAUCCGCCAGCAAAGUUAACGGCCGAUAAUCUCACAACCCAACUAUUAAAUUCUCAGCCAUCUAUUCCGACGUCAGAUGAAAGCAGUGAUUUUCUUGUAUUUACACUUGAUAAAACAACUAUAUCUGCAUGUUCAUGCGGUGCAAUAAUAAGCUCAGGUUCGUUCGAAGGCUUUUGCUUUCGAUUUGCAGAAGAUUUUCAACAAACAAAUAAAAAUUGGAAACCAGCGCGUUCAACAUCAUCAUCAAAUACUAUUCUUAAUGCGUGUUGUGUACCCAGCGGAAAAUAUUUAAUGCAUUCGCGCGCAAAAAAUAUUCUUAAUUCGACUAGUCCAAAAUGGUUUUUAAAUGUUCAAUGGGAUAUGAAAGGUAUCGAUAUAAAUCUUGAUUCAAUCAUUGGCAAACGUUUUUCACAAUUAAUACGUACGAUAACAUCAACACAUCUAAUUGAACCUAUUGAUAAUUUAAGUAAUGAUGACGAUCUAUUAUCAAAUCCAAAUUCAAUAAAUACACAAGCUGGUAGUACGAUGAAUAUUAUGGAAAAUUUAGAUCAGAGUGAAGACGACGAAAGAAUAAAACGAUUAGAAUAUGAACAUUUAAUAUUAGGACAUAGAAUUGAAACAUUAAAACGAUCUCAAGCUCCCUUUGAAAUAUUAAAGCCAGAAUUAGCAAGAUACGAAUGGUUAGAAAAAGAAUUACUUCAUACCGUCAAAUCAGAAAUACAACAAAAAAUGAAAAAACAAUCAAAUAAGUCUGGUCAUAACCGAAAUCGAAUCGAUUCGCCAAUCCAUAGACGUACAAAAUCACAAGAUAAUAUUACAAAUUCAACGCAAUCACCGUCAGAUUUGAUUACACAUCCAUCGUCGAUUGCUGAAGAUGAUACAGAAAAACGAGCAUCCAAUUCAAAUACUCGUGUGUCUUCUCAAGAACCGACCGGAUUCGACGAUCAUCAUUCAAUUACACCUAACACACCAAAUGAAAUAACAUCAGCACCGGCUGUUGAUCUCGAAUUAAACGUACAAAUUCAAAUAGCCAGUGGCUCGUGUAAUCUUUACACUCGUCGGGAUUUAAUAUCGAAUGCGUCUGUUUCAACGACGAAUGCUGCCAAACAACAGCAGCAACAGCAACAGCAACAAUCACAAGCAACUAUUGGUGCAAUUGUAAAUGUGAAUAAAAUUGAAUAUCAAGUAUCUCAAUUUUCUCUACCGGGUGUUGAUGUUGAUGCACAUUAUAACUCGAAACAUAAUAAUACAAUAAACAGUGCGUUGAAUAAACGAGCUAGUUUCUAUUGUCGCGCUAUGAUACAAUCGCCAUCAUCACAAAUUACAAUACAUCCAUUGUUACUUGAUUUUCUCGAGCAAACACUUGAACAUGUCACCUUACCAAGAGAACAAGAACGACAAACAAAUUUACAACAAGAACAAGUGCAAACAAUCAAUGGACAAAAUUUAGAUAAUGACCAUUUGAAUACAAUGUUUUUAAUCGAAGAUCAAUCAUCAACAACAUCAUUUCCUAUCGAUGUCGUUGUUAGUCUUUUUAUUCAGCCGUCAGUUCUUCUAUUUACGUGUUUACCAACGCAUCCAAUGGAAUGUGAACUUCGUCUGCCAACAGUUGACGUUGUAUUUUCUUCGAAACGUGCCCUAUCCGAUAAUAUACCAUCAUCGACCACAACACUUGCAAAUGAUUCUGAACAAAUUAUUGAAAAUUCCUUAGGUGGCUUAAGUUUCUCACUCUAUAUGAAAGACUUUAAACUCAAUGUUUAUCAUCCGUUUUCUGGCGAAUCAAAAGUGCAUUUAUUUGAAGAUAUACGUUCGGGACAAUUACAAACACGCAAUGCAUUAGCAGUGAGUGUACAUUCAGUUUCGUUCAAUAUUUCACGUACACGUUAUACAUUAAUUGAACGUGAUGGAGAACUCUUAAACAGUAUACAACUAUCUGUUAUUGGCCAAAUAUCGAAAGCACAAUUUGAAUAUGAUAUAAGACGUUUUUCAGAAAUUUUAACAUUUCCAAAAAUAUGGUAUAAUCGUUCACUGGCUCGUCGGCUAUUCUUAGGCGAUGAAAAUUUGCCAACAACAAUUUCAUCAUCAACGACAAUAACACGGCCGAUAGCUCCAAUUAGAAUAAAGACAACAGCGAAUAAACAGUUACGUAAAGAAGCUCGAGUACUUCUAGCAAUACAAUUAAAAGAACUACAAAUAUCGAUGCGUAUGUCAAAUGUUAUGGGCAAAGUUGAAUGGAAUACAACAGAUGUUUGUUCAACUGGAAGUUUAACAUUGACAAGCGAUGGACAGCGAGCUAUCUUUUUUUCGUUAGGCCUUCAAAAGUCUCUUUUUCAAGCAGAACAAGGCAUUGUUGGUGGUAAUAUAAAAUUGCAAAAUCUUAGAACUACAGGUCUAAUUCGUCAAGGUCUACAUGGUCGUGCGCUUCUCAAUGCAUCAUCUCAUGCAUUCAAUGUUUUAACAAAUGCCAUUGAGAUUCGUCUUGAUUACAUGGGCUCUCCAACAUUAAUGGGUCGUAUAUCUCAUAUAUUACUUCGAUUGAAAGAUGACCAUCAUGGAAUUACCGGUGAUCACUCGGCACCGCCAUCAACACUUGUACUUCUGAAUCUUGAAUGGUCACAGCUGCACCUCAUGAUAACACGUUCAACAACACCAGAUAUAAUAAAAAUGGCAAUGAAAUUAACGGAAUUUUUCAAUUCUCAAUUACUUAAUUCAAAAAAUCUAUUAGCCUCAAUUCAAUAUGAUUUUAGUGAUGGUACUAAACGAGAUAGUAUUGAGAAAAAAACUAACAACGGACAAUCGAAAUGCGAUACAAACAUUAUCAAACGAUACAUUGGCAUGCACGGAGGAGAACUAAUGUUGCAAGGGCAUAAUUUAACAUUAGUUGUUUUUCAUGGAUUAAAUUUUUAA